UCACUUUCCCUUCCCUAAAUCCAAACAAUGCACUGCGUCUAUUGCCAGGUGUCCAAGUUUAACCCACUUACGCACAAAACUCAAAAGGAAUGUCUUCUCAUUGGAUAAUGAAUCCAUAUGCUUAUUUCGCAUUUUCUUUUCAUAACUGAUAAGUAAUUCAAGUUGUGGCAUUUUCCGGCCGUGAAGCAUUACAAAUUGUGAAUUCAUGAAAUGGCAAGCAGAGCAGGUGAAGUAGUGUGUGUUACUGGAGGCAGCGGCUAUAUUGGUUCAUGGCUGGUCCGUCUCCUUCUCGAGCGUGGCUACACUGUUCACGCUACCAUCAAAGAUCUCAAUGAUGAGAAAGAGACGAAGCAUUUACUUGCCUUAGAAGGGGCUGAAUCCCGUCUCCUUCUUUUCCAAAUUGAUCUAAUUAAUUACGACUCAAUUGUCCCCGCCAUUACUGGUGCUGUCGGCGUUUUCCACCUUGCUUCCCCCUGCAUUGUCGAUGAAGUUAAAGAUCCCGAUAAUCAACUUCUGUCGCCAGCAAUCAAAGGCACUAUGAAUGUACUUACAGCGUCAAAGGAGCUGGGGGUUAGGCGUGUGGUGGUGACCUCAUCUAUAUCGGCCAUCAUUCCAAGUCCUAAUUGGCCGGCUGAUCGUGUGAAAAACGAGGAUUGCUGGACGGAUAUUGAAUACUGCAAACAGAAAGGGGUAUGGUAUCCCUUGUCAAAAACACUUGCUGAAAAAGCUUCUUGGGAAUUUGCCAAGGAAAGAGAUUUGGAUAUUGUUGUGGUGAAUCCAGGAACUGUAAUGGGUCCCAUGCUCCCACCAACUCUUAAUGCCAGCAUGCUCAUGAUGCUUCGUCUUCUUCAAGGCUGCACCGCUACAUAUGAAGAUUUCUUUAUGGGACUAGUCCAUGUCAAGGAUGUGGCAUUAGCUCAUAUUCUUGUUUAUGAAAACAAUUCAGCAAAAGGAAGGCACAUGUGUGUUGAAGCCAUAACUCACUAUGGUGACUUUGCGGCUAAGGUUGCAGAGCUUUACCCUGAAUAUAACAUUCCUCGGUUGCCAAAAGAUACUCAACCUGGACUAUUAAGGGCCAAGGAUGGAGGUAAGAAGUUGAUGGAUUUGGGACUGCAAUUUAUUGGCAUGGACCAAAUAAUUAGGGAUUCUGCUGAGAGUUUGAAGAUCAAGGGUUUUAUUUCUUAAAUGUCCAUAGCUGUCCCGUGGCAUCUUCUGUACAUGUUCAUCAACUCGUACUAGCUGUAAUUUGACCUAUUUCGUCGUGCUGGAACGGAUGACGUGAUUUGUUAUUUCAAGUCAACAUCUUGAAAUAAAACAAGUCACAAGUUGUAACACCUGUUAUGUUCUUAGAUAUAACAACUUUCUAAUGACAAUGGCUUCGUGCAUCGUGCUACCUUUUAAUUAGUUAGAGGGGUAACGAACUACAAAUGAUACUUUUAGGGAUCGUUUGGUUUGAAUACGGCUUAUGCUGGGAUAAGUUAUGUUGGGAUUAGUUAUCCAGGUAUUCUUUUUUA